CUAUGGCUCUUUUUAGUGGUUCAAAAUAUGUAACUUUAAGUUUUAUAUUUCCUAUUAUGCAACAAUUAAUUAAUAAUUUGCAAAAUAAUUAUUUAGAUCUUGAUGAUAUAACUAUACAAGCUGUUCAUAAUACAAUUUUAACAGAUAUAGAAAAAAGGUUAAAAGUUUCUUAUAAAUAUUCAAUAAUGGCAUCAUUUUUUGAUCCACAGUUCAAAUCAUUAAAAUUUAUUGAUGAAAGAGCUGAAAUUAUUGAAGAUUUGCAUCAAGAAUAUCAACAACUUUCUUUAGAAAUGCUAACUAAUCAGCAAAUUCAAACACCAACUAUUUUACAACAAGACAAUUCUUAUAUUGAAAAUGAUUUUAAUAAAUUUAUU